AUGGCGCCCUCAUCAACAGCAAAGCUCUUCCUGCUGGCACAACUACCAUUCUUGGUACACUGUCACCUCAAGCUCAACAACCCAGUCCCAUACUCCAAAGACACAAUUCAACUCGGUCCUUUGAGAAAUGUCGCACCCGGUUCAGAACAAUCAGACUUCCCUUGUCAAUCACAGCGAGAGGGCGGUGCUGACCCAUGGAUCGUCGACCAAGAGAAUGAACUUGUUGCAGGAGAACCUCAAACCAUGACCUUUGACGGAUCGGCAUCUCACGGCGGAGGUUCCUGUCAGCUCAGCGUGACUCUGGACAGGCAACCUACUGCCAACAGCACAUUUAAGACAAUCGCCAGCUGGAUUGGAGGUUGUCCCAUCGACAAUUCUGACGGAGGCACUCACCCAUGGAAUUACACAAUUCCGUCUGAAGUUCCCAAUGGUAAAGCCACUCUAGCAUGGAGCUGGGUUUCCAAGUUGUCUGGUCAGCCAGAGUACUACAUGAACUGCGCACCAAUCACCGUCUCUGGUGGCGCUGAGGAUACGGAAGAGUUCGAUCAGCUCGAAGACUUGUUCAGAGUCAAUUUGCCAAGCUCAGAGUGCGGCAGUCAGCUCAGCAGCGAUCUUGAGAUCCCCAAUCCUGGCAGAUAUGUCACUACCAUUGACACACGAGCACUCGCACCCCCUACUGGAAGCGGUUGUGCCGCCAUGGGUCAAGCUUCAGCCACCCAAAGCCCUACUGCAGCACCUUCAAGCUCAGAGAGCGCUACAAUCUCUUCCGCACCUACGACUCUCUCGCCCGUACCCUCGGCAGUCAACACGACAACCGCCGCUGCUGCAUCUACAACAUCAGCUUCAGCAUACAUUCCAUCUUCCUCUCCAAGCAUUGUCCCAGCUCCCUACAGCAACAGCACAUUCUGCAGCACAAACGGCGCCCUCGUCUGCAACGGACCCACCCAAUUCGGCCUCUGCAACUUCGGCCAAGUGGUCUGGCAACCAGUAGCCCCCGGCACAGCCUGCGAAGACGGCCAAAUCGUUGGCGACACUGGCGAUUCUCCUGCCUGCAGUCCCGACGGCUCACUUGUUUGCAACGGCACAGACCAAUUCGGUCUUUGUAACUUUGGACAUGUGGUGUUUCAGUCUGUUGCUCCUGGUACAACUCGCAGUGAUGGACAGAUCAUGAGAAAGAGACAUUUGAGUAUACACAGACGUAGAAGUAUGGGUCAUGGUCAUCACGGUAGAUUGUGA